AUGGCCGAGUCUGCCAAAUAUCAUGGCUCCCUGGUCGCUUUCGAGGGCCCCGGCGACCUAGUAUCUACGCAGCUUCGCCUGUUACCCACAUCCACACAAAUAGCCCUACUCCCCAGUGUCAAGGAAUAUCUCGAGCCCGACAACCCCCAAGAGCCUUUCGAAGCCCGCAAGUUUGUCAAGAGGGUUCAUGACGCCGUCGCCAAGAGGCGAGAGGUCGCCAUGGUGUUUUUGAGGGGCUCGACACCCAGGCGCAAAAGGCUCGUCUUCAUGAACGGCGGCACACCCAGUGCCCAGACAGUCUGCAUCAGGGCCAUUUCCCGGAAUGUGACAGACGGGGACAUUUCCAAGGCAGAGGCCAUCUUCAAAGAACUUGUGAAAGGGGGCGUCGACAGCCUAACCCGGCAUCCCGCUAGUGUGGGGGCCUCCUUUCUUGAUACAUCCGAAGAGUUCGUCGAGGACCCCAUUACGAGAGCCAUGCGCGCGGCAGAUGCUUUGGAUCGCGAAACCGAAAACCUCCAGCCUCCCAGAGACAUGGAUCUCACAACCUUGAGCUUCCGUCCGAGGAGCUUUAGCCUGCCAAUGUUCUGCUUCGCUGACACGUAUGGGGACACCGCGCCCUUCUAUGUCUUUGGUGGACACUACCACGAGGAGUUUGGCGGAGAUCAAGGUCGGCAAAUGGAGACCGCUCAACUCCGCGAUUCCACGCCGUCGUUGGCUGUCACGGACUUCGGUGAACGUAUGGGUACAAGAUUCAACCGCGAGAGCAACCUGUCCGUUACAGGACCGCCCCGCUCUCCUAGUUGUGUAGGCGAGGCGUACGAACGGGGAGAUGUAUCCUCGCCGCCGUCACCCAACCCAAGCACUAUGCUUGGUGUGGCAACUCCAAGGUCUGAAGUCUUCAGCAUCCGCUCGACGGAGCCCAUAUUCAUCGAGCAGGCCUCGCUUGUUCGAAUGCAAUCAUCGGCCUCCACCAACAACCUCAAACGAUCCAAGUCCAAUGGUCAGCUUACCCGCACCGGCUCGCGGUACCGGGAUACACUGAUCCGGCUGAGGCACAAAAAGAGCCUUACAGAGGCGGCUAAUGCCGACGAUUCGGCAAACGUCCGUUCUGUUUCUGGUCCUGUGCUCGCCUCAGAGGUUCCACAACGCGAGAGCAAGGCCAAAGCUGUCGAGGGCCCCAAGACCGUGUACGUCAGGUCCCCCCGAACGAACAACCCAGCGCCGUCACCGAUGGAGGAACUGGCUUGGCAUCACAGGCGCAUCACGAACAGAUACGUCGACAGAGGAACCGACGCCCAAGAUGCCGACGAAAGCGAGGAUACUUUCCUGGCGGUGUUGCCGUUUCACGAAGACCUCGUGAUUCAUUUCAAAGACGAAAACCCAGACCCUAUACUGGAGCACAUGAUCAAGUCGUUCAAAGAAGGUAUCUACCAAGUCGCGACGUCUCCGGGUAGCUCCAGCAACACAUCCGUUGCCGAUGGUCGUUCGACAGCUCCCAACACUCCGCCAAUACCGACAAGCGAUUUUCUGAUGAAAGCACCUACUCCCGCCAUCGCCGUCGGUGAAGGGGAGUACGACCCCUAUUCCUACGAUGAUACCGUCUUGGCUAGGAAGCACCCUCUGUCUGCCCCUAGGAGCAUGACGGUCUCAGCCUUGCCGACACCGGCACACACGCCUCCCCCAACGAUCCCGGAGCCGGAGGAUAAGUUCCGCGACUUCAAAGCUGUGAAAGGUCAGACGGCUGUGGCCGUGCAGAACUCUCUCCGUUCAGUACUCAACAUCUACUUUCCACCCAACGGAAGGGGAUACUCUCAGUUCGGCUUUCCCCUGCUUCCAGAGAUGGAAGGGUUGUGGAAGCCCAUUUUCCGCGAGACCGACCUGGACGAAAAUUUGGGCAAGGACAGCCGUCGAAUUGACCUGAUCCUGGCUGUCGGAGCACAGCGCGGGGUCAAGAAGCCGUUCGUCUCAGGGGUGGUCAGCCAACUUGAAAAACUGGGUAGUAAGCCGAAUGGAAUCUGCCGAACGGGCAGGCUCGACUUUCGCUCUUCAAGAUACCUCAUUGCCAACGCGAUGCAGUCGUUCACUGCGCAGCCCCUGGCGAAGCAGACCCACGACAACCCCUUUUCGAACUCGUACUUUCUGGCAACUCUCAUCGUUCCUCACCUCGAGACGUAUUUGGCUGCCCACUCGGAAGUCCGCUUCCUACUCCUCGAUUACCCCCCUGACCACCUCGCCACUGUUCUUGCUCUGCAAAAGCUAGUCGGGGUUGACAUGAUGAAAGUCGCUCAAGUAAUUGAUGCCGCAGCCAAAGAGCCACUUCCCUUUACGCAUGCCCGGGGCAGCUCCUUGGGCCGUGUCUCACCAAACUCGAGCUCGGUUCAGUUGAAGGAUUCCAAGGCAGGCGCGUCUGCGCCCUCACGAGACGGACUGGCGGUCUCCAAGGCCAACCUCCUUCUCGCAUCGACUGCGACCGAAAAAGAAGUUGCCACCUUUGUUUCCACUGUUCGGACGCUUCUGAUCAGCAUCUCCAAAUUCUACUUGCCUGAUAAGGGAUCGAAGAACCUAGGCAAGCUGAGAACGGGCAACCCCUCGCCCAUCACACAACAGACCAUGAGCCCUCCGAUUUCCCCCCUUUCUAUGAGGAGCAGGAGGCACAUCAGGACGACCAGCUCUGCUAGGUCCUCGCCCAGGACCUCGUCUGUUACGGACAACAUUAUAGUCCGCCGCUUCAAGUCCCGAAGAGGUGGUGACACAAGGCCGGGCUUGGGCGAUGACGGAUCCAUCAUGACGGUCGAUAUGGAAUUUGAGAGCGAUCUAGACCUCGAGGAAAGGCGAUUGAUGCCCAUGUUCCUGAAGAAGAACCACAUGCGAAAGGGCAAUAGCCGCAAGGCCUUGAAGUUCCUGGGGUUGGCAUGA